GCUGAUGUUGUAGAUAAAGUAGUUUGACAGUUUCCAAGUGAUGUCAACACCGUCGAGGUAUGCGGUUAUAUUACUAUGUGAAAACGUUGAGUUAACGUAAAAAUGAAAUUAAAAUUGUUAGAAAUUGGUUGUGGUUUUCUCUUGGGGGUUUAUUUAUUCGUUGGCGUUGCCGCCACCGUGAGACAACUUCCUCAUUGCAUCGAAAAUUCCAAUCAAGGGCUUAUUUUAGUAAGCACUUUAGAUGGCAAAUUAAGCGCUUUAAAUACUUCCGGAGUGCUGUCAUGGCAAAUUUCAACUGAUCCAGGUUCGCUUCUGAAAUCAAACAUUCAUAAUCUACAAUUAACUAAUAAUGGGGAAUGGAUACAAAUAAUUCCAUCAUUAACAGGAAGCUUGUAUAAAUUUAAUGGAAAAACUAUAGAUGCCAUUCCAAUAACAGCUGAAAGCCUUCUUAAAUCCUCCUUUGUUUAUGCCAAUGACAUAGUCAUUGCUGGGGGGAAAGAAGUAAAAACAUACGGGGUUGGACUCCAUACUGGACAUAUUUUAUAUACUUGUUCUGUGAAUGGGUGUCAUAAUAAGACACAAAACGAUGGGGAGAUUGACGACGUCAUUAUUAUCGAGAGGAACACUCUCACUGUUCAUGCUCAUGAGCCACGAACUGGAAGUGAAAGAUGGAACUUCAGUGUGGGACAUCACAACGUAAAAAUACCACAUCACGAUUGCGCAAAUUUAAUCACAACAAAGAUGGAUUUUAACAUCACAGCAAUACCUCCAGAGGGGCUUAUACAAGCAUCAAAAAUAGAAGAUAAGGAAAAUAAAUUUAUUUGGGAGAAAAAGUUUGAAUCUCCCAUCGUGGACGUUUGGAUAUGGGAUGGAAAAGAUUUGCAAAGCGUCGAUACUUUUGAAUCGGCCGCGAUUGUAGAAAAUGAUGUUAAGAAUAAUCCUCUAAUUUACUUAGCGAUGCAUAACAAACAAUUAUAUAUCCACGAAUCAAAGGAGAUGUUAAAAAAGUUGCAACACAGCCGGUAUAGCGAGUAUGAAGUAAUUGAAAGUAAAGGUGUUUUAACUAUUCCAUGGAAACCGGUUGUGGCAUCAUCUUCGGAUGUAAACACGAAAGAUCUUGACCAAUCCACCGCUAUUUCCGUUUUGUAUGGGUCAGAAUAUGUGAACGGAAAUGGAUUUUAUUUAUAUGAUGAAGAAAAGAAAGACGAAGAUGCCUACUCUUGCCCGGAUAAUUUAACCGACGCGGGAACUUUCGAAAAUGGAAUGUUAUUUCUUUGGCCACUACAAUGGCAUUGGACGAUCCAUCUAACAAUUAUUACCGCAAUUUGUGUAGCUUAUUUCCUAUGUAAUUUUGAAGUUAAAACUCAACCCGAUUGCAUAGUUCAAAUUGAUACAAAACCAGUCCCUUCCGUAUCCAACGCAACAGAACCGGAAACAUCAACUUUUACAUCACAUUACGAAUGUAGCUUCGAAACGAUUGGUUGUUUGGGUAAAGGAGGUUUCGGGGUGGUCUUUGAAGCCAAACAAAAAAUUGAUCAAUGUGGUUAUGCCAUUAAAAGAAUCACGUUGGAUAAAGAAGAAUACACCGAAUUGGUUCUGCGUGAAGUUAGAGCAUUAGCCAAUUUGGAUCAUAAGAAUAUUGUUCGAUAUUUUAAUUCGUGGUUUGAAAGACCGCCACUAGGUUUUUGUUAUGAACAUGAUAAAGAUCUGAUUGAAUCGACGUACGAUGAAACUACCCCAGUGAAAACACACAAAAAUACGCAUAAAAGGAACAAUUCCACUAUUAUUGAUAUGAGCGAAAUGGAAUCUUCUGGUGGGAUUGUAUUUUUAGAUGAAACUAAGACGGAUAAAAAGAGUGGCAUUACUAAUAAUAAAAAUCAUCAGAUAUCCACGCCAUCACAAAGUAUUUCUUACAAAACAAAAUCUCACUCAAACGAUACAAGAGAAACAUUUGUUGAACGAACCCCAAUUUAUCUUUAUAUUCAAAUGCAAUUGUGUCAAGCGGAAAGUUUAAAAGAAUGGUUGCUCGAUAACUCGGAUAAUCGGGAUAAAACGUUUUCGUUAAAUAUAUUUAAGCAAAUAGUUGAAGCAGUCGCUUAUGUUCACUCAAAAAAUUUGAUACAUAGAGAUUUAAAACCCAGUAAUAUCUUUUUCUCCAUGGAAGGAAUAAUUAAAGUUGGCGAUUUUGGUUUAGUUACUACGAUGGAUAAUAUUUCCGAUAACAGCGUGCCAUUUAACGAGUCAAUUUUGCAAAGCCAUACUAAAGGUGUUGGAACUCAACUUUACAUGAGUCCCGAGCAAAUUGAAAAGAAAAAGUACAAUUACAAAGUCGAUAUUUAUUCUUUGGGGGUGAUAUUGUACGAAUUAAUGGUUCCGUUUUCCACCGAAUCGGAAAGGAUUAGAACAUUGACUGAUUUACGCAAAGGCAAUUACGUUGAGGAAUUCGUAAACGAUCACGAUUACGAAUUUCGGGUGCUCCAAAAUAUGCUGGCGCACAAUCCGGAUGAUCGUCCGACAACGGCUCAAAUUCAAACGUCGUUGUUUUCUUAAAAACACAUCGCUGUGAUUAAUAUUUAGGGACCUGUGAUUCCUAGCGGUUAGUAUUAAGGUAUCAUUAGAUUAGCUCGAAUUAAUUUUAAAUUUUUUACUUUGUAAAAGUAUUAUUACGUUUAUUUUUCGAGAUAUUAUUACAACUUUGGAGUUCUUCAGUGAUUCGAUAAUUAUGCAUAUUUACCAGAUAUUAUAUUUAAUUACAUUAAAAUUUUGUCUUAAUAAAGUGUGAAAUCUUUCAACAUAAUCGCCGGUAAUUAUGCUUAAAUUUAUCGGAUUGUUUAUAACGUGUAUGCAAUAUUGGAUUAUAUAAGUCAUUGCUAUAACGAUUAGGUUGUGUGGAUGCUCAUUUAACAUCUUCGAUUUGAUUUUUGUUGUUAUAAUAUAAGGUAGUGUUAUUGUUGUUAAAUAAAAUAAAAUAGCGGACUCCUGGGAUGUAACAAUGCGAUAGUUUUAUUCUUAUUUCUUGUUUCCUUAAGUUUAAGAACUUAUUAGAAUUAAUAUUGAGUUUAUAUUCCCUUUAUUCGACUGCGUAUUUUAAUAUAUAUAUUAAUUAAAUAAAUUUUUAUAAAUAA